GGUUUUGGCGCACCUGCUUCUGGCGGAGUCACGGCUCUACACCCACGACUUGAGUGAGUCUAUGGAGUUGGUGGCCAGGGCACAGGGCAUGAUGGAGUCUCCAGAAAUAGCUGGAGUUCAUGCUGAGGGCGUGAGGAAAGCAUGGCCUUACCAAACAGCCCUGGACCGGGUCGAGUCGACGUUGGCAUGGAUGGAUGCAGGUGGUCGCCAGAAAUUGUCCACAGACAUUGUACUGCCACAUUGCCGAGAGGAUUUGUCAUGGUUGGGCAACAGCUCUCUUCUUCAGACCAUGCCGUACCGCACACGUAUUUUUAUCUAUGAGAAGUGUGGUGGCGACGAAUCUGUAGUGCAACAAGUGUCAGCUUUUUUGCCUUCGAAUGUGCAGCUGGUUUACACAAGGUUAGAUGACAUGGCAGAUCCUGCCACAGGUUUGUCAGCGAGGCGGGAUGAAUGCACAGCAUACCUUAGCCAUGUGGUGCAUCAUUUCGACAACCUUGCUGACCUAACCCUUUUCUUGCACGGAGACCCUUCUGACCAUACGCCAUUUGGGCUUUUGAACCUUGUUCUGAGGGGAAUCGCGCUGGGGACCUUCAGUAAGUUGGACUUUGUCCAUUUGGGCGCUCCGCGAUUGGUGGCAACAUACAACCCAUGUCAGGAUGAUAUUUAUCAGCGUGCUUUUAAUCGCGAAUCCCAACAUCGCCUUUUUACAUACUGCUGCUCUCAGUUUGCGGUAUCCAAGCGGAGGAUUCGGGCACGACCGUUGGUCGAAUAUGUCAGAAUGUUGCAGCUGGUUGAUGGGACUGUGGCAGAUACAUGCCAACGAAUUGGUCCAUCCUAUGAGAAGUAUGCUGGGCAACGGUUGUCACAUUGCUUCUUUUUGGAAUUCAUGUGGCAUGUGGUCUUUGGCGAAGAUGAUGAGCUGCCAUCAAGAGCAGAUGAUACUACCUUGCCCGUGGCCCUGAGGCUGAAGGACAACGAGGAACAUCCUCCCAGCAUGUGGAAGAGCUACAUGACUCCCUACAUUGGCGGCCAUGCUGCUUUUGAACAGCAAGGCCAUCAGAAUUGGCUGAUGCAUUUUCAAAUGAACCUGGAUUUAGGGCGACCAAUCCAAAAGAACUUUGGAGAUGGGCUGACAUUCUGAAGGCGCGAGCA